AUGACAAAGAAUAGAAAUAGUUGUCGUCCUAUCCUUCUAAUGCUGCCUGUUUUGUCCUUAUCUUUCUGUACAGAGGGAUCUUUUCCCAUGAGCCAGCGUAGUUUCCCACCCUCCUUCUGGAACAGCACUUACCAACCUUCCUCUGUGCCUGCCUCUUUGGGAAGCCCACUGGCAGCUACUGCCCACAGUGAACUGCCCUUUGCUACAGCGGACCCUUAUUCUCCAGGCUCACUGCACAGCCACCUUCAUCAGGGCCCCCCGGAACCUUGGCACCCAGCUCACCACCACCAUCAUCACCAUCACCACCCAUACAUCGGUGCACAGAGUUCUGCUUACCCUCGGCCCACCACAGUGCACGAGGUCUACAGCCCCCAUUUUGACCCUCGCUAUGGUUCGCUGUUGGUGCCUGCUGCUUCUGUGCGUCCCCACCGCCUCACUCCUGCCUCGGUGCCCACUCCAGUAAGCCCUCAGUGUGAGCUAGGCAAGAAUGAGCCUGCCACAUCAACAUGGACAACGCCAGCUCCUUUUGCUGGUCCUGCGGGAGAGAUGGCACAGAGCUUAGGGCUGAAUGUGGAGACAGGUUUGCAACCUCAGGAUAAAAGCAAAGAUCUCUACUGGUUUUAGAUUCCACCAUGACUUCCCUUCUAGUCAGACUUUUGCCUAUGUAGGAGUGGGGACAGAGCCAAAGUCAAGUCAAUUUGUAACAGCUUCUGAUCUUGGUUUUCAGCUCACCAUUAUUCCUACUGUGCUGGAUCGCUCCUGAGCUGAGCUGCUGGUUAUAACCCUCCCUUCCUACGCACAAAUGCCAGCUUCGUUCUUUGCCUCACGGUUCUGAUAGCAGCAUCUCACAUCGAGACAAGAAAAGCAGAAUGGCAAAGGAGCUAAAAGGCUUCUUCAGCUUGGCAUUUCUUCUCCUAAAAUGGCAAAAUUGAACACAACAACCUCACAUUCAGAAGAACUGAGUGAAAUGAAUGAGGAUGUGAAAAGCAUUGACGUUAGGAAGCUGAAGGGUUUGUUAAUAUUAGUGAGGACAGAAAUCGUACUUAUCAUUUGGCAUUUUAAAAAAAUGAAGCAGCAUGGAAGAUAUUUAGGCAUUGUGAAUGAAGCAAAGUAAUUCUAAACUCUUAAAUACAUUUGGAACAUUUUUUUCAUAAAAGAAUGGAUCUUUCUAACUUCAGCGUGGUGAUGAGUGGCAAGUGACUAGUGGGGCCACCUGCCUCCAGGCUUACACAAAUGCAGCUGUUCAAGAGACAACUGUUCCAACUCCAAGAACUUGACAAUCAAGGUGGCACUUCUCUGAGUUUGGCUCAAAAACUGCAUAGGAUAAUACUUAUAUACAUAGUUGUAUAUAUAAGUUUUUUUUAUACAAAAAACAUUUAAGAUGAUAGAAAAUAUCCUUUAAAAAAACUCUUCCAGAUUUCAGGAGAAACAACUGGAGUGAAUGGGAGGGGAGGGCUAACGGGGUAGACAAAAGACUUCAUUUAAUUAUGACUUAUGUUCCCUUAUGACGUUUUGUAACAACCAGGAGACGGUCUCUCCUGUCUCUUGUUUUGAAAAGGAUAUACAGUAUAAGAAGUGUUUAUUUGCAGGGAAGAUAAUUAAAAAUGUCUCCUUUAACUUUUGAUUGUAUUUGUUUUAUGAAGUAGAGGAUGGAGAUUUCAGAUGCCCAUUGGGAAUCCCAAUUCUCCGUAUUUUUUAAUUUUAAAAACUCCAUUGAUUUGUUUAACAUUGAUUUUGAAACCAUCUUGAUCAAGCCAAAUAGCAAAUUAGUCCAAUAUCUUGUUUCCCACCAUGACAAAACCUACAGAUCAAUGGAUAACAAGCCAUAAAUAGGCUAUAGAGAUGCAAUAACCCUCUCCUCUUAUCUUUAAGCUACUGCUACUCUUGAGAUACAAUGCUUCUGAAUCUAGUGGUGACAUAAGUAUCAU